AUGGUUUCCAACCCAGAGGCUCAUGGACCCUCAAACUGCUACAUGUUUGAGGUCCCAAACCCUGGCUGUGAGGGUCAAAACCCUAGCUAUGAGGGUCCAAUGAGCCUCUGGGAAACAUGGUUUCCAAGGUAUGUCUUCCAGAAGGCCUCCGCCAGCAUCUUGAGUUUAUGGCCGAGCUACUGGCGAGAUCUUCGUCUACGGCUCUCGGAGGAAGACUAUCGACUCAUCGACCAGGAAGGCACGUGGACAGAUGCGCUUGAUGCACAAGUGGGCGACGUUCUUGAGGUCGUUGAGGACUUCGACUCAGGCGACCAAGAGGCCGUGCGCCUGACGAGGGGCUUACGCGGGAUUCUGCACUUUCGUGAUCGCGACGGCGACGCGAUGGUGCGCUUCCCCAGGCGCUGUUCGAGGCUUGAUGCCGAGUCUGUGGACCGCUUCGUGUUCGAGGAGGAUGUCCGCUGUUCGAUGCGGAAGCGAGUCGCGCAGCAACAGCCAGCGGCCAAAAAAGGAGCCGAGCGUUUGCUGCGUGCACUGGAAAGCGAAAGCGGUUUCAGUCGAAAUCACUGA